AUGACUUCCCGCCUGGUUCUGGUCAUUGGUGACCUCUUCAUCCCCGACAGAGCCCCCUUCCGGAAACUCCUGACGCCAGGCAAGAUCGGCCAGAUCCUCUGUCUCGGCAAUCUCACCGAUCGGAGCACUUUCGAAUUCCUCCGACAGGUCGCUCCAGACUUGCAAUUGGUCAAAGGCGACUUCGAUGUCGAUUCCCCCAACCUACCCCUCUCUAAAGUGGUGACUCACGGGAGUCUCCGCAUCGGAUUUACUCAUGGCCACACCAUCAUCCCGCCGGGGGACGCCGAUGCCCUUCUGAUCGCUGCCCGCCAGAUGGAUGUUGACAUACUGCUAUGGGGUGGAACCCACCGCUUUGAAGCUUUUGAACUGGAGGGAAGGUUCUUUAUCAACCCGGGAAGUGCCACCGGUGCCAUGAGCACGGGGUACUGGCCGGAAGGGGAAGAGCCGACACCUAGUUUCUGUUUGAUGGAUAUCCAAGGCGAUGUCCUCGUGUUGUAUGUUUACCAACUGAAGACGGACGCCGACGGGGCUGAGACGGUCGCGGUCGAGAAAGUAUCUUACCGCAAGAACAAUAUCCCUUCUUCAUGA